AUGGUUGGUGAUCACGACAAAUAUAUCGGGUUGGCACUGGCUGUCUCUUCUAGUCUGUUGAUCGGCACGUCUUUUAUCAUAACGAAAAAGGGCCUAAUCGAUUCAACACGUAGACAUGGAUCCUCUAGUGAAGACCAUAGUUACCUAAGGAAUCCGAUCUGGUGGAUAGGAAUGAGCACAAUGGUGAUUGGUGAAUUGCUCAAUUUUGCUGCCUAUUCAUUUGCUCCCGCUAUCCUCGUAACUCCCCUCGGUGCUUUGAGUGUUUUAAUCGGAGCUGUUUUAGCUUCACUAUUUCUCAAGGAAAAUCUUGGGCGAAUAGGGACGGUAGGGUGUGGCUUGUGUUUGAUCGGUUCGAUAAAUAUUGUGAUACAUGCACCAGCAGAUAGAGAUAUUGUGACUGUUGACGAAAUUCUUGCCUUUGCUCUCCAACCUGGCAGGUCUUUCUCAAUAUACUGUGUGCUGGUCGCUGUGUAUACUGUUUUCGCGAUACAACGUGUUGUACCAAAAUACGGAAAAAAAAACCCUUUGGUAUAUUUAUCUAUUUGUUCUUUGGUUGGGUCAAUAUCUGUUAUGUCUUGCAAAGGAUUUGGUAUAGCUCUCAAAUUAACGUUCGCGGGUAACAAUCAGUUUACUCAUCCAUCAACUUAUGUGUUUAUAAUCAUUUCUGGCCUGUGUAUAUUGGUACAAAUGAACUAUUUUAACAAAGCUCUGGAUCAAUUUGAAACUAAUAUUGUAAAUCCUAUAUAUUAUGUAUUUUUUACAACAUCAACAAUAUUCGCUUCUGUUCUACUAUUUCAAGGAUUCAAUACCAGUAAUGCGGUCAAUGUUAUCAGCCUAUUUUGUGGGUUCCUAACUAUUUUUGCCGGCGUAUUUCUUCUAAAUGUUGCAAAAACCGAUGGACUAUUAAAUAGGUCUUCGCAAAAUGGUAAUGGUGUAUUACGACCAUCAAUCUCAUUAGACAUGAAAACAAGAGAUUCUACGUUAUUGAACGCUUUUAAUGAAGAAAGUUUAGGAUUAACACAGUUAAAUGAUAUAUCUGAUUCUGAAGAAGGUUAA